CAAGGCAUCAAUGCAGUCGUGUUCCCAAAGGAGCUCAAGGGCGAUGUGGAGCUCUUGGUGAAAGGUCUCUGCAACAGCAACCCGGCGGAGCGACUGGCAAUGAAGCCAGGAGGCGUUCAGAACAUCAAGACAGAGAAAUGGUUUUCGUUGUUUUCGUGGAGCGCCAUGGAAAGUCUCUCCAUGAAGCCACCAUUUGUGCGAGUCUCAAGUUCGCGUGAGCGUUCCAGUCAAGCGAGCAGACAUGUGCAGACAUGA